AUGCGACUUGGCACGCGGAGCUGUGCUGAAUGCCGGCGGCGCAAAGUUCGCUGUGUUUACCCUCCAAACAACCCAACGUGUGAAGAAUGUGCUUUGCACGAUGUUCGGUGUACCCCCCAGCGGCCGGGCACCCAGAGAACUACUCGGACGGGCAGAGCGCACGGCCUGGUAGAUUUGCAACGAAGGCUGGAAGAUCUGGAAGGCACUGUACGCCGUGUCUGCAAUGCCAUUGAUCCGAGCCUGGGAUCUCUGAGCUUGGCUGAGCUUGAGACGAACGUUACGGAAGCUCUCGCACGGCUUCGGCCAGUACCUCUUCCGGAAACAAUAGGAGAAGACGCCUCUAUGAACAGGACGAACACUGUAAACUUUAGUGGUUCGGAAUCUGAAAGUCUCAAUCUGAACAGGCUAAUACCGAGGCUCGAUAGCCUGACAUUAAUCCUCGAGUUGACUGAGAAGUACUGGCCUCUCUGGCCAGCAAUUCCCGAAAGACCAGUGACUAGCUCCGAUCAACUUGAACCCGGGAGCGUAGCAUCAGCUAGGGAUUUCAUUCUUGAUUCAUUAGGAUCAGGGACUCCAGCUGCCGUCGCUAAGUCCGUGCUCUGGCUCGCUCUUUGCAUCCAGCAGCUUCCAAGAGAUUUCGGGAAUCGAUGCUCAAACUUACCUGCUUCGCCAAACGAUCUCAUCAAUUCUUACCUGAGCGGUGCAGAGACUCUUCUUCUUGUUGAUGAAGACACAGGUGGAACGCGUGAGGGUCUGGAAGCUUUGGCGCUGCAAUCAAAACUGUACAUCGACAUGGGCAGACCACGGAAAGCUUGGCUCACUAUCCGCCGCGGUCUGAAUCUGGCUAUACUACUAGGACUUCAUCAUCCAGACGAGAGCACCAGUAUACGUCAGAAAGCUCUAUGGUCGUACUUCUGGCAAUUUGAUAGACAAUUAUCGUUGAUCCUUGGAUUUCCCUACGCAAUAGUAGAUUCGCACCCCGGCAUUUCAGAGGUGCAUAUCGAAGACUCCAUUGAAGCACGAGCAAUGCACAGGCUUAGUAUCAUUGCUGGUCACAUAAUUGAGCGGAAUCAAAACCAUCGGCAUGUAGGCUAUGCUGCUACCGUGCGGAUCAACCAAGAAUUGGAGCAGUUCAGGGAUGAAAUACCUCAGCAUUGGUGGGAUGCUAUUCCUAGCUCCACCAUGUCUCUCGAAGCCCUCCAUGAUCAGCAAGCUGUCAAGCUGAUCUACUACCAGCUUCAAAAAUUUCUUCACCUUCCUUACAUGCUCAAGUCGCCCGUCGAUAAGAGGUUUGAGAAUAGCAGGGUCUUGGCCCUCGAAGCUUCAAGGAAAAUGAUCGGAUGCUAUCAGACAUUACGAAACGGCAGUGGUCAAUCUAUCAUUAUAUGUGACUUGAUGGAUUUCCAAGUAUUCACCGCCGCAGUUACCAUUGUCAUCAACCUUCUUUCACAAUCCUCUGAAUGUAGUGUUCAUCAACAAGACGAGGACUGGGAGCUUGUGCAGUGUACAGCUAGAAGCCUCAAAGAUGUCUCCAUCAAAUUGGAAUGCGCAGUAGCAGGCCAAGCAGCUCAAUUGCUUGAAUAUCUUCUGGAGGUCCACCACGGCUUGUACACCGGUCCUGAAAGUUACCAAGCCGUUAUUCCAUAUUUCGGGAAGGUCAAAAUUAGUCAACCCAAAAGCGCUGCAUCGCAGACUGGCUUAACCCCGCGGAUUGAUCAUCAAAGCCCCACGUCCUGUCCAUUCCCACAAGUGGUAGAGUUCAGUGCAAACUCUUUCGUGCCGUUCAGUCAGAAUUAUGUGGCGGAUUAUCUUGCUGAGACAGAAUUGGGCGUUGAUUGGACAGCCGUGUUUGACGAGAAUAUGGACUAUGAGUAUAGCCAACUGUUCCCAUAG